AUGCACGGAGACCGGCAAUCCGCGGCGGUCAGCCUGAGGGGAGGGGCACAUACACGAGAGAAGCGGUGUCUCCCGGAGGAAAAACGGCGGCUGUUUGCUCCCUCCUUCCCCUCCAAGUUUCCAGCCGCCGUCCCUCGGACCCCGGCCCUACAGGACAAGGCAGGGGGAUGCCAGGCAGUGCGGGGGGGAAGGCAAGAGGGCAGGGGAGCGGCGGUGGCCCGGCAGGGGCGAGCGGGUAAGACGAGCGGCGAGGAUGCAGCCGUGGCGGCGGGACGCGGGGCUGCGACACCUCUCUGCCGGGGAUCCCAGCGCACCGGCAGCAUCUCCCCGGGAGAUGCUCCGCCGGGGCUGGGGAACGACCGGCGGCGGGCGCACCGCGGUGCUGCGGGCCGUUCCGCUGCUAGCGGCUCCGGCCGGCGCCCAUGUGCCAGCGGGCAAGUUGCGGACGCGGAGUGGAGAACAGAGAAUGAGUCCGGAGCUUCUCCCUACUUUUCCCCCGCGCUCCUCUUUUUAUCACGGGAUUUCCGGACCAUCCCACCUACUCGAUCCUCCUUCCUCCUCCCCCCGCUGCUGAAGCCGGGCUCUCGCCCUCCCCCUGCUUCCCUCUCCCCCGCCCCUUCCCUGCACCGCCUUCGCCCCUCGGCGCUCGCCGCGGAGGAGGUCCCCGAUGCUGCCAGCCCCGCGGAGGGGUGCGCGAGUCCAUGUGUGUACCCCCUGCCCCAUCCCCCGCUGUCUGCGUGCACCCGGGUCCCUGCCGCUUCGCCUGGCAGAGAUGGGGGAGGGAUUAGCCCGCUGCUGUAUUUUGCCACUGCUUCCUUGGUUAUCCUCAGGAGCGUGUGGGAAACGUCUGCAAAUACGCCCUCCUGCAAAAGGUGGGAAGGUGUGAGAGCGAUCCGCGUCUUCCGCUCUGGGUCAUUCCCGGACGUUCCCUCUCGUCCCCUAGGUCCCGGAAAGAGUUGGCAGGCAGCGAAGAAGACAGGGAGGGAACAGCGCCUCGUCCUCUCUUCUGCUUUGGCUUGGAUAGUACUGUGGCCGGAGGGAUCGCUGGCUGAGCUCUCCGUUCCCUCCCUAUCCAGGUCCGUCUGUAUCCCAAGAGAAGAUGGGGGAGGGCGGGGGCAAGGAAGGGAGGAGAAGGACCCUCCUCCGCGCGGUCGCCUGCUGAAGAGCGUGAAGGCUGCAGUCCGCUGUCCAGCCCGGCUUCGGGACGGAUUUUGUAGAAGAGGAAAGAGCGGUGCUACAAGCAGUGCAGUACCCCAGCCCCGGCACAGGGCAUGCCGACAGCCCGCUCAGGGUUGGGUGAAGAGGGCACGAGUUCUGCAGCGGAUCGGGCCUCCUGUCACCAGCAGGAGAGGUGGGACUCUACCCCGGUGCAACCCCUAUGGAGCCGAAGUGAUCGGGGGAGGACGGGGAUGGCGGAAGGGGGAGCCCGGGCCGGGGGAGCAGUGCAAUGGCGUGAUAGGGACACGGUAAAAUAGUCUCACCGCUCGACUUCGUCUGAAGGUCAAGGAGGGCCUCGCGGGGAAAGGCAAGAAGGUCUGUUAGGCAUGGCAAACAAAGAGCCUGCUCACAGUGCAGUGAUGCCGGCUACUGUGGCUUCUCGGUGCCUGCUGCAGGCACAGCAGAGCAUGCUUCUGUGCUCGAGCCAGCAUCUUCCCACCUGGGUCUGACCCAGAUUGCUCCCAGAAAGUCACCUCUCAGACAGACCCUAAUAUCAGCCUAGGAAGCUCAGCUGGAUUGAGAUGUGCUUUGCUUUUACUGGAUAGAGAUGUGCUGUGCUUUUACUGUUUUCAGAAAAGUAAAAAAUAAUAACAUGCAAGGAUGGAGUAAACAAGUAAACAAGCCCUCUUGUUUUAAUCCCUAAUUCACCUCCAAAGAUGCUUUAUCAUGGUCUGGUCCCCAAACUGUGCCUACUUUUUCCAGAUGAUACAGCUGCUAGAGAAACCCAAAACACGGCACCCACCACUACACAGACUGUUUUUCCUCACAAGAACUAGGCACCAGAUUAUAAACAUCAGUGAGACACAGAUAGUCUCAGCUUCAGGAUUUCUCUGCUACCCCAGAUAUCAGCUUCCGAGCAACUCUCAACUCUCACACAAUGUACCUUCACAACAAAAACUCAAAUGCUUUUAAGCCUGAUUUUGGUGUCUUCUGAUCAGAAGGCACUCUAACCUAUCAGUCAGGAAAGAUCCCAUCAGUACUCUCACCAUCAUCACACAGGUUUCAAAUACUGAGACAAGGAAGGGCAUAGUAAAAAAGAAGGUGAGGUAGUACACAGAACUUUGCCUAGUAACGGAUUCAGAAAGAAUUCUGGAGAACACUUUUGCUUCUGAAAUGAAACAGAGUAGGCCUGACACAACUUUUCUCCGGUAUGCUGAGACACUCAUCAGUACGGGUGGACUUUCGGGGAUCUGAUAUGUGAUUUAUCAGAGAUACUUGACUUCGGCUACGGGAGAAAUAACAGCUUGUCCAGCCAUAGCAAUGGUAAGAGCAAUGUUCCAUGGAUUUUCUUUAUGAAGGCAUGGAUUAUGGCCAUACUUUUUAUGAAUGUGAAGCUGGCAGUAAUGCAAUUUGAUAGUAUGUUUAGUGGACAGGAGCAAACCACAGAAAUAGCAGCGUUUUUCCUGUCAGGGAAGGGGUGCAGACGCAGGUUCUGUAACAGCACCAUGGACAGAGGCGCGCCGCCGCCUGAGGAACAAAAUUUGGUCUGCUUUGCACUGUGACUGAUGGGCGCCGCGCUCCUGCUUUUGUGCGCAGCCUGAUUCUUCCCUUGCAGAACCAGAGCACUAGGCAUCCACUCUGCUGUGUCGUUUAGUGCAGAUGAAGGACACGGAAAAUUAACAGCAAAAUUCUCCAUGGAACUUUAUCCCUAGAAAUCAGGCUUCUUGGUUACCAGCUGGAAAUCUGUCAGUUUAUGAAUGUCACUUCAAGAAGGUAGAGUAAGCUGAUACUCAGUUAUGGCCACAUUUCUAAUAUUUCUAAUAUAUUUCUAAUACACACACACACACACACAUAUAUAUAGAUAAUAAAUAGGUAGAUAGUU